AUGUCUGUGCGGAAACGGCGACGCAGGAGGAAACAGCUGCCUGGCUCCGUGCAAAGACCAGUCUCAUCCACACUGACACACUGUGAAGAGCGACCUGUCUCCGUCAGCUGGGAACCUCCGCCGGCGUCUUUGUGCGUGCGUCUGUCAGCGGAGGAGGAGGGUUUCAGGCAUCAUCACUCAGGCAUCCUCUUACUGGGCUCACUGACUAUAAAGCAUGGGAACCAGACCAGCGAUGACCAUUCUCAUCAAGCAAAUGGAUUCAGACUUUUUCAUGAGUGCUCUCCCUCCCUUACACAGAGGAAGUCGUUGAUCGCCACCAGUCUGAUUGUGGCGGUGUCGCUCUUCGUGGUCGUGGUGAACUACUCGGAGAAGCCCUACUUCCUGCUGCAGCCCGUGUUCGGUCAGACGUUCAGCAGCCACUGGAUGUUCUCCAAGCAGCCGUACAAGGCCUUCAAGCCUCACCUGGGCUAUGUUAGCAUCCCCAAACAGGAGCCUCUGAAGAUUCACUGUGAGCUCUGCAGCAUCGUGUCCAGCUCCGGACAGAUGUUGGGCCAGGCUGCCGGCCCGCAGAUCGACCACUCCCCCUGCAUCUGGCGGAUGAACAACGCGCCCACACGGGGCUUCGAACGUGACGUGGGACAGCGGACCACGCUGAGAGUUGUCUCGCACACCAGUGUCCCCUUGCUGCUGCAGAAGCCCCAGUACUUUUUCGGCCAGGGCAAUGACACCGUCUACGUCGUGUGGGGGCCGCUGCGAAACAUGAGGAAGGAUGGGAAGGGCAUCGUGUACAACAUGCUGCGACAGGCGGCUGAAAACUACCCGCAUGCACGCAUCUACGUCACCACAGAGGACAGGAUGAACUACUGCGACAUGGUCUUCAAGAAGGAGACGGGAAAAGACAGGAUCCAGUCCGGCUCCUACCUCAGCACCGGCUGGUUCACGCUCAUCCUCGCCAUGGACAUGUGCAAAGAGAUCCAUAUCUACGGCAUGAUAAAUGACACCUACUGCAAGACGGAGGGAUACAGAAAGGUUCCCUACCACUACUACGAGGCGGGCAGCCGGGACGAGUGCGCCGAGUACCUGCUCCAUGAGAGCGCCCCGUACGGCGGCCACCGCUUCAUCACUGAGAAAUCUGUGUUCUCAAAGUGGGCCAAAACUCACGCCAUCAAGUUCUUCAACCCGCCGUGGCAGCUGUCGUGACCCCGGCUGAACGGACGCGGAGACACGACACUGUCAUCAUCGUCUUCAUCCGGGGAGCAGCUGGAUCUCAACACUGACACAAAGCGUGUUCCCUGAUGUGCACAAACAUCCAUUUUGGCACAAAUUCCACUUCAUAUCCAUUAAAAAAAGGUUGGUUUAUGGCUGCUUGUCAAGUCCUGGAUGGCGAAUGUCCAGGAUGUGUUUGUUUUUUAUGACAGCCUCUCAAACAGACAAAGGUUUGACCAACAUGAACAGCAAAAACUCAUCUCCUGCUUCUUGGAAAGUCUUUCUCUCCUGAGUUUGAGAGCUGAAGAAAGUGCACAGCACGCUGCUCUUCACUGACUAAUCGAUCCGUUCGCUGCUCUGUGAGUUUAGCGAAAGAUAGCUCCGAGAUUAACUUGGGUGAGAAAAAAAAGAGGGGAAAACAACACGAAGAAGAAACAACCAUCUGCCAACUUUCUGUGACCUCAGCAGCAUACAUGUCUGCAGGCUCUGCACAUCGCAAAGGCUGAAUUGAAAUGUUUUUCGGGACCGGAGCUGAAGAGGAGCUCAGCUGCUGCAGAGACGACUCGUGUUGCCAUGGACGCCUGACGAGCUCGCCUACUCUGUUUCCUCAGCGCGUCUGUCCUCCUCUGUCAGGCUGUAAUUAAUCUAUAAGGAGCAUCAUUCAGGCCUUCAUCCCUGACCAAGGGAUUACUGAAGGCAGGUUUCAAUUUACUUCCCCCCAACUUAAAAAGCUUCAGCACAUUUUAUUUGGAAACGAAACAGCAAACUAGAACCAGAGUUGUCGAGUUAUAAACAGCUUGUUGUUGUUGCUGUACGGUAGCAGAGAAG